GGAGCCUGAUGCUCAAAGCGGGACCCUUAACACCAGUCCUUGUGCUUCGCGUCAUGUGCGCUUAACCCACUGUGCUACCGCCUGACCCCAAAUAUUUUAUUUAUUUUGGACAGAUUACAGAGAAACUGAGGGCAGAAGAAGAGAGAGACACACAGAUUCCCCCAGCAGUGCUUCAGCACUCUUGAAGGUUCCCCCUGCAGGUGGGGGUCAGGGGCUUUAACCCGGGUCCUUGUACAGUGGAAUGUGGGUGCUCGACCCGGUACCACCACAUCUGGCUCCUAAGUUUUACUUUUAAAUAUCUGGAGAGAGAGACACCAGAGUGUCACUCUGACUCAUUUCAUGCUGUGACUGGACUUGGGACCCCUUGCCCACGGUCCAUCUGGAAAUAGUGUUUCCGAUGAAAUAGUGUUUCAUCUUAAGUCUGGAGAGUCUCAGCACAUUGCUGCAAUAUUGCAGAUAACUUGCGCUCGGAGAAACACAUUUAAACAUGGUAUUUUAAAUUCCAGGAUUUGAAAGAUGGCAAGUCUAGAUACAAGUAAAAGGAAGAUAUUGAAAGCCAAAAAAACGUUGCCAGCAAGUUGCCGGAAGCAAGUGGAGAUGCUGAGUCGCUGGAGGACGGACGAGCUGCAAACAGCCGCCGCCGAGGAGGGCGGGCCGCCGGGCGAUGGCUGGCAUCGCAGUGCCAGGUGCGGAGACUCUGGAGACGAGGCCGCCGCGCUGGCCGAGACUCAGGGGAAGCCUCCCAGGGCCGACUCGGAGGCGAGACUGGACUCCGCUGGAAAGCGCCGCGUGUGUCCUCAGCAGAAGCUGAGCAGAACGGGAGAUCGGCCUCGGGAGGUCACCAGCCAGGAGGCGAGAGGCCUGGAGAGCCCCUUGACACGCCGGGCACCCGCCACCGGCCCCGCGGCUGAAGAGCGGGAGGGGGGCCGCCCCCCGCCGCCCCGGCCCGCGGUGACCGAUGAGCGGACCUGCCGCGGGGCCGCCUCCCCUGAGUCCCGUGACCGGAGGCCCGGGGACGGUUUGCGCCCAGACACCCAUUCCGUGCUCUUCAUCAAGACGCCCACGUUGGCCGAGUCGCUCCUUUUCAGUAGUUCGCCUGCGGACCCCGCGCUCCUGGCUGCAAUCGACGCCGCCGACAGCGGCAGCGGCAGCGGCAGCGGCAGCAGCUUGUUCCCCGAGGGAGUCCAGGCCCACAACCUGGCCUGCGCCGUGGCAUCAGUGGCCUCCGAGUGCAAACCCUGUGCCUCUCCUGUGGAACUAACUCCUGCAGGGCGCUCAGCUCUGGCACGACGAGGUGCCAGGGCUGAGCUGGGGCUUUGUGCCCGUCUGCCGAGCCAGAGUCAGAAGAAGAGGAUGUUUGCAGAAAACAAAGAAAGUGUGAAGCGCAUGAGGACUUCAGAACAAAUCCGUGAAGACGGCUGUGAGCGCCUGCAAGUGCGAGCGGCGUUGUUGGAACAGGUCAAACAUCUGAUUCGACAGGAGGUCUGCAGCCGGAGUCACAGGCUGUUUGACGACAAGCUCCAGGAGCUGACGGAGCGUAUCGGCAUGGCACAGUGCCGCAACAAGCACGCGGCGGUGGCUGACGAGCUGCUCACAAAAAUAGCAAGACUUCAAAGACGCAUCAAGACUGUGCUGCUAGCCCAGAGGAAUUGUGUGGAGCCGAGUACAUUAUCCAACGGUACAGAUUGUAAGGUUACAACUUCAGGAGCUGUGAAUUUGCUGAAGAAGCAAGAGUCAGUUAAUGGUCUAGAAGAAACGAAGACUUGUUUGAACAACAGGCCUUCAGAAAGAGCCAGUGAAAGGAUUGAUUUGUCGCGGGACGAUGAUGGGCCUGUUUUGGAAAGUAACGAUGAUGUUCUGUUGGUUUCUGUGGGAAGCAGUGAUUUGAAAAGUCCGGUCACAGCAGAUCCAACAGGUCCUACAAAAGUUACAUUCAUAGAUGCUGAAAAUUCACCCACUGCAGAAAUUGAAGUUCUGACUGUAGUGAAGAAACGUGACUCUGUGAUUGACCUGACAGAAGACCUGUCCACCUGCAACAUAGCUCUGUGCAGCUCCAUCAAGUGUCCGGACCCGUUUCAGUGCCACCCAAGUGAGCCAGAGUGUCCGGCGUCCACUGUGGAAUCAGUGCUGAAACCUGUCUCAGUCUCAAAAGAAGCAAAUUCAACAGCACAAGAUACAGCCCAGGCUCUCGAGUCCCUGGAGGACCUGCCACCUCUCCCAGGGCUGCCGCCGCUAGAGCCCGAGCCUCGCGAGUGGGCGACAGACACCCUUCCUCCCCAGAAGCCAGAACUCAAAGUGAAGCGCGUGCUGAGGCCCCAGGGCAUCGCGCUGUCUUGGAACAUCUCCAAGAUCGACCCCCGGUGCGCCCCCGUGGACAGCUACCACCUCUUCCUGUGCCACGCCGACCCUGAUGGCGAGCUCAGCUGGAAGAAGAUCGGCGAGGUCAAGGCCAUGCCCCUCCCCAUGGCGUGCACGCUCUCUCAGUUCCUGUCUCACGGCAAGCACUACUUCACCGUCCAGUCCAAAGACAUAUUCGGACGCUAUGGACCGUUCUGCGACAUCAAGGCUGUCUCCGGCUUUUCUGAAAACUUGACCUAGAAGGACAACGCUCGAUCUUUAUGUACUUAGUUUUCUUGUUUCUCACACCGCUGUCUGUGACGAGGUGCCCCGUCGUGAGCCCUGGGUGUGAGGACAGCCUUCCGUGUGGUACGAAGCCUCCUCAUGAAUUUCUCAUGGAUUUUGAAUGAGGACCAGGAGGAAGCGGAGCCGUGCCCAGUGCUCUUCCCAGAGGCCUCAGGGUGCGUGGGCGGGCAAUCAGCCUCAGGUCGCCCGCUCUGCUCGGUGAGUUUGCUCUGAGGCCGGAUCUUCACCGAGACAGCAUGAGAUGCCUUCUCUGUUGGGUUCUAUAGCCCUUAGUCUGUAGCCUCCUCCUCGGAGUCGGGAGAGAGGUGUCGCACUGGCAGUCAGUCCCAUGACGAGCCUGAGAAGCUGUCUGUGUACUCGUGUGUGUGUGUGUGUGUGUGUGUGUGUGUGUGUGUGUGUGAAAUAAAACCAGCUAGUGCUGUGUGUUGUGUACACGACAUGCAGCAUUCCCGAGGAAUCCUCCAGCCUGCUAAAUGCCGAAGUGAGAACCUGGAGUCUGCCUGGGAUCCGGGCUCUGAUCUGCUGAUGCCCAAGCCGCGUCCUUGCCCGUUUCCUCAGCACUGAGACGUGCACGCUGUCUGAAGUGAUACUGCGCUUACUAAAAUGACCCUGGGAGCUGCGUGUGAGCAGACGUGACAAAAGCGGGGCCCACGGGGACAGACUGGGCACCCCGUUUUGUUUCCUGCUGGUGUUGGGGAGACAGCAGCAUGGUUCAGCAAAGAGACUCUACCUGAAGGAUUGUCUUUGGCAGAAGGCCUUCUUUCCUGGUACACAGGGAAAGUUGAGGCAUGGAUGAUUUAAAGAGAUGGCCAGGAGAAGGUUUUCAUCAGCGUUUGAAGAGUGCUGGCAGAUAUGUCGUUAAGGCUUUUUGUUUCCUCAAGUUUCCUUCUCAAGCAGGACAAGAACCAGAGUGAUGGAAAUUGGGUGAGCUGCUGCCUGGCAGGUCCCACGCCAGCCUGGGUGAAGCCUUGUCUGGGGAACACUGUGCCUGUGAUGGGGCAUCAGGAUGGCCUCGGGCAGGGCCCGCACCUGGACUCGGCAGAGAAACUGUUCCCCGCCUCCGGGCCGGGAACCUUGAGGAUCUUGAGCAGAAGCUCUCGGGAGGAGGAGAGGGAGGCCCUGUGCACGUUAGAGCCGGGGCCUAAACCUGAGUGUUUCUGGCCUCAACUGUCGUCAGACACAGGAGAACCAAACUGUGGGCAGGAAAGCCAGCCCUGCCAGGCAUGGUGCCAGCUGGCCCAGAGCAAGCCUGCCCCUCGGAGACCUGUGAGACCCUGUGAAGCUGACGGGCUCGCUCGGGGUAUGUCCUCCCGGCCGGGUCACAGAGCCGCCCGAGGGCGGGCAGGCCUCUCACGGUGCUGGGGCAGCCCGCAGUCCGCGCCUCCACUUUGGACACAGGGCUGUCCUGCCCUCCUAGGUGGGCCGACGCUGACCCUCAGAUAAGCUGCCACAUCUGACUUCCGUGCCUCCCUCUCCGAGUCCCUGGGGAGCCCCCGCUGAGGUACGGGCAUCCUGGCUUUAGGUCCUCACAGACACCCUCUGGGCAGAGGCAGGGCAGACCCCGCUUUGCCAGCACUGCCAUCCUUCCCGUCCUCCCUCCCUCCCUCCUGUGAGUCCUCGUGCAGGGAGGCCCGCGCCAGCAGCUGGCAUGACGACGGAAAUGCUGCGAGGCCCGUGUUAGGAAGCGACACCCUGGAUGCUUCACUUGCCAGGCGGCCACAGGCGGCGUGGGACUGGGUACAGAAACAUCCUUAGACCAGUGAGGGGAUGUGAGCUCAUUGCCAACCAGGAAGACGGAGAAAGGGCGCGGAGAGGCCAGGUUUCUGGGGGCGGCCUCCGGCUCUGCCUCCUGCUGCAGAGGGGACCACGGCCACUGGACUGCUAGGCCUCGUCCGGGCCUCUCUCGGCACACGGAUGUGCUUUGAGUGUCCAGACAGGCGGCUAGAUACUUGGCCCGAGCAGCACUGGCGCAUGCAGCGAUGGAGCUGGUGCUCGGGCCGCCCGCUUGAGGGGUCCACGCUGUCUGCCGCACCCACCCACCCCCGCCCCAGGCCACGCCGCUCCCCCCAGAGCUCUUCUCGCUGAGGGCGGUGCCAGGCUGAACCCUGGGUUCUGGGGCUUCAGGCACGAGCUUGCAGAGCUGUCUGCUUUCUGCUUGCCCUGCCUCAGUUUACAUGAUUUAAAGAUGGUGGUGCACUAGGUUGAGUGCUCCCGUUGCCAGGUUCAAGCCCCCACUCCCCACCUGCAGGAGGGAAAUGUCACACGUGUGAGGCAGAUGUCUAUCUGCCUCCCUCUCUAUCUUCCCACCCCUCUCGAUUUCUCUGUUUCUACUGAAGUAAGUGUGUGUGUAGAGGGAUCUGACAGUAAGGGAGGGAGAGCCAGUCUGGCUGUGCAGUGCUGGGGCAUCAAGCUCCAGCGUCAGCCUCGCCGCCCUGUGCUCUGCCCACCAAGCCGCUCCCUGGUUGGUCCCCCAUGUUUGAGGUGUCCCGAGAUGCGUGAGUCUUUGUGAAGCAUGGGCUUGGCACCGUCUGGCCCGUCUGCUCGGUCACUGCUGAUGGAUUGGGGCAAAGUGCUGAUUCUGUGCGACUCAGACUCUGUCCCGCCACUGACACCAGGACUUGGGCAAAGCUGGCCGAGCUCUCUCGUGCAGCCGGUUUCCUCAGCUAGAAUGACGGGCUUGGCUUACCUGCGGCUCCCCAGACCAGACCCUCAGGAGAAAGGGAAACAAGUUAGACCAGACUUGGAAGUUUCGAAAACUUUUUUUUUUUUUGGGGGGGGGGUGUCCUGUCCGUAGGGUCUGCUCUGUAGUUUAUUUCACUGCAACCAACAGACUGCUCUAAGACAGGAGGGGCACUCCCUGUGAAGCGCACACAGUACAGUGUGCAGGGAUCUCGGUUUGAGCCCCGGCCCCACCUGUGGAGUGUUGGAGCAGGCUGCAGGCGUCUCUGUCUCCCUCCCUCCUCAGUUUCUUUCUGUUCUGCCCAAUAAAAUGGAAAAACAAGAACCGUAGCCGCAGGAGCGGUGGAUUCGUAGUGCUGGCACAGCACCAAGCCCCAGCAGCGACCCUGCAGGCAAAAAGGAGAGUCUGUGUCGGCCGCUGCUCGGACUGGGCUGGACUUGUGCCCCGCUUUCAUCAGAGCCUCAGGCGGGAGAGUCUGUCUCUGCAUAACCAUUAUGCUCUCCCCCAGCCCUGUGCUUCUUGUUUAUUACCCCUUUUGUUUUUCUCCUUCGCUCCCUCUGUGUGUGGACGGACUCCUGUGCUCUCUAACCUUGAAUGCAUUGUGGAAAACCUUAAACCCAGAUCCAUGGGGUAAAAUGCCUUGGCCUGUCAGAUCUGAAUUGAGGCCUGGAGAGACUUGAUUCGGAACAACUGCCGGGAGAGAGAAGGGACUCCGAAUGAAGGCGUGGGUGUGCGGCACGCGAGUGCGCGCGCGCGGGGUGGCUGGUGCCACAGGAGGGGCAGGGACACAGCUCAGCCCCAGGCUGCCGGGCCAGUCCUUGCAGUACCAAGCAUCGCAGCGCUCACAGGGCCCUCCCUGCCCACCCUGAGCAACAAGCAGUAAGUGGAGACGACGGAGUGUGUGUGUCCACAGAGUGGGGUAGACCAGGUGUGUGUGCACGCCUGUCCGUUUUCCCUGUGGGCGGGCUGAGUCUGCACAGCAGUGCUUGAUGUCUGUCACUCUGCUGAGCUGCUGGACUAUUCCCAGUCCGUUUGCCAGUGUGCUAAAAAUAUCAAGGACUCCAGACCAAAUGUCCACGCUCAGUUUGGGUUUCUCGCUAUCUAAUGGUCUUUUCUGCCAUGCAAUUGAGAAGUCACGCAGGUGUCUUUCUCGUCUCUCCCAAUGACCUGCAGGCUCUGUGUUUAAAUUUAGAAAGCCCUUUCCUACUGAUGGGUCAUCUCUAAAUUAUAUUUUCAUAAUUUUCA